AUGUAUGCAAUUUAUAAUUAUAUGUUUGUUAGAUCAAGAUUCGAUAUGGAGGUGAAUGUAAUAGUGGUCCUAUUGAAUAGUUAUAUUUUACUCAAUAAUAGUAAUCAUUAUCAUUUAGUUUUCCAACCGACACCAUCAUCAACAACAACAACAACAACAACAGCAAUAUUUAUUUCUACAACAAAAAAUCUCAGACCAUUAGCACCAAAUAUUUUUCAUUUCUGUUCGGAUAUCUUCAAUCAACAAACAAACAAACACCAUUUUCACAUUUCAGUCGAUUAUUUCAUUAGAAAUAAAAAUUGA